ACAAGUAACAAGGGAAGAUAAAACAGAGUUUCAUUCAGAUCUCUCUGAGAUUUUCCAAGUGUAUUCAACAAUGGAAGAUCCACCACAUUUCUCUCUGUUUCAGCACAAAUUUCAAACCGGAGACAAACCACUUCUCACUCUUGAUGCUGACUUCUUAAUGAAUCACACGAAAGUGUUACUCAAAUCGGAUGCGUCCGACAGACUUCGGAAAAAAGCAUCUUCUAGCCACGUUGAUACUGAGGAUACUUACAUUGAUGAUGAAGAUGUUGAUGUUGAUGAUGAUGAUUAUGAAGAAGACGAAGAUGAUGAUGAGGGCGAGGAUAAUUUAGAGAACAUAUCAGAGAAGAGGAAUAAAAAACAAGAAGCAGAUUCUUCAUCAGACCACUCUGGUUUCAUCACAGCAUGUGUCACUCGUUACAGCCUCGUUCAUGAUCGUUUGGAUCUUUCUAGAAAUUUUACGUUGUUGUUUGGUGGGAACCAAAAAACAUGUGAGAUCGAUGUAGUAAAUGAGCAAGGGAGAAGAUGGACAAUGAAACUUGCAAAAAACAUCUCAAGUGGUGUGUUUUACAUCAGACAAGGCUGGGGAAAUUUCUGCUGCGUUAAUGGGCUAAGUCAAGGAGAGUUAUGUAAGUUUAAACUUUUCCAAAAUGGGGAAAGGCCUGUGCUUUGGUUGUGUCCACAGGAAUCUGGCAAUGGCCGUAAAGAGAAGAGGACGUUUGAUGAAGUUUCCAAGGUAAAGGAGAAGAAGACUCCUUCGCCAUUUCUGAUAGUAAAGUAUACACCUAGCCGUGACACUACCGGGCAACUAAUUGAAAACCAUGAAUACAAGGGAAAAGGAAACAAAAGAACUCGUAAGAAGAGAGCUUGUGAGACUGAUCCACAGCCAAGGAAUGUGAAAAAGACUCCAAGAGUAGGAGUAGAGGGACCAGAGCAUCAAGUUGAUGAGGAGAGAGGACGCACUCAGGUUUCAAACAGAACCAACACCAUUUCAAGAGAAUUACAGCGCUUGCUACCGCGAUCUUGCUCAGUCUCAGAUCAGGUGGCUAAUGUGAAACAGGGCAUUGUAGAUACUCUGAACACUGUGAGACAAUGUCGGACUGAGCUUGAGACAAGUGAACAGAAUCUGCAAGCCUCUUUGCUAGCAAUUGAAGCCUUAGGGGAGAGGAUAUGGGGAAUCAGCAAAAUCCUCAGCAAUAAUCUGGUUUGAAGUGAGACUGAAGAUGGAAAAAAGAAACAAAGAGUCUUUUUUCACGAAACUAGUUUAUUCUGUAUUUGAGACUUGCAAGUUUUAGAGACUUUCCACUUGAAUGAAAGUUUGUAGUUUGGAAGAGCGUUCUUUGGUUGUAUCAGCAAUUUGGACUACUUCAUUAUAUCGCUGAGAAACUAGUAAUAUUUGUAAUGCAUUGUGAGUUACAACUUUUGUUGUAUUAGUAAUUACUUAGGUGCUUAAACGUUUUGGCAGUGAAACGCAUGAAUGAUGAUGCUAUUUGGUUUUUGGCAUUUUUUAUGCUUGAGAAUUAGAAUCAACUGUCAUUAGACUU